AUGAUGAAUCGUAUUGUAUUAAAUUCUGUUGUACGCAUUGCUCGUGUUAAUCCAACUACUCGAUCAAUUGCUCCUUAUCGUUGGCAAUCAUCAUCAUCACAAGCAGCACAAGGAGCAACAAAAACAGCAGCUAAUCCAGCAGCACAAGGAGCAUCAAAACCAGCAGCUGAUCAAGCAGGACAAGGAUCAAAUUUUACAGCUGGUCUUGCCGGUGGUCUUACUGUUCUUCUUGGAGGUUUUGCCUGGUAUCAUUUUAGUGGUACACGUCAAGUUGUAAAUACUGCUCGUGAUGGUCUUAAAAAAGCAGAAGAAUUAAAAGAAAAAGUCAAGGAUAAAGCUGGUGAUCCAGCUGAAACAGUAAAAUAUUUACGUUCAGCUAGUGCUGCUUUAAUUCCUGGUUCAGCACCUUUUCUUGGUAAAAUCUUUGAUCAAGUUGAACAUAUUACCAAAGAACAUGGUGAUGAAGUUAAGAAAGUAUUUGAAGAAACUUAUGGUGAUUUUGAAAAAUUAGCAAAAGAAGGUACUUUAGAUCCUAAAACAGCAGGUAAAGCUGUAGAUAUUCUUCAAAAACGUGUUAAACAAAUUCAAGAAUUAGCUGGUGAUGCUGGUAGUGAAGCAUUCAAUAAAAUAAUUUCGGAAAAUCCUGAAUUACGUGAUAAAGUUGCUGAUCAAUAUAAAAAUUUAAAAGAAGUUAUUGAAAAAGCUAAAGAUAAAAAACCUGAAGCACAAAAACUUCUUAAAGAAACUGGAACUGAAUUAGCAAAAAUUUUCACAGAAAAUGGUGUAUCAAAACAAAGUAUUAAACAAGCACAAGAUUUAUUAAAGAAAAAAGGUGAAGAAGCAAAAAAACUUGUUGACGAUGCUAAAAAGAAAUAA